CCUUUAAACACACCGAAACAAACAACUCGCCGUCCCUCUCCCCCUCCCUCGCACCGUCGCACGGACACGAACGCGCGCGCCACCGAACCGGGCCGGACCGGAUCGCGCCGACGAGCCGCGCGCCCGCGGAGCGGCGAGGUGGAUCCGGGCGCGGGCUCCUCUUCUGCUUCGCCGCCGAUGGACCUCGGCCUCGGCGGCGCGGCGGGCAGGGCCGGGAGCGGGGGAGGAGGGGCCCGGGGCAUGAGCGGGAGCGGGGGCAGCAGGGACAGCCCGUUCGCCAUCGGCGGGGGCGGCGCGUCGGCGGCGGCGUGGACGCGGCUCGUCAGCUCCGGCGUGGAGGACGAGCUGGUGGCCGCGUCGGGAGGAGGAGGACGUUCGGGAGCGGGAGCGGGAGGGCUGCCGCUGGGCCACUUUUUGGAGGCCUGCUUCCUCUGCCGGAAGCCCCUCCCCAGCAACCGUGACAUCUUCAUGUACAGAGGUGACAUCCCAUUCUGCACCGAGGAGUGCAGGAGGGAGCAGAUCGAAAUGGACGAGGAGAUGGAGCGGAAGGAGAGCAGCACCCCCAAGAAGGUGGCGGCGAGGGCGCCAGUGGAGUCCCCGCCGAGGCCUCCCAAGGCCCGGGCAGGGUCAAUCCUCGCCGGCUAACACCAAGAACGGAAGCUCAGAAACGAGCUCGUCGUGUUGUGCUUCCCCCUCCCCAAAAGCAAAGAUCAGAUCCCCUCUUACCACCAGGAACCACCCCGCUUACAGUUGCUACGUAUAUGGGUUUGUGUUUUUGUUUAAACCCCUUGGCGCCUUUGGUGGGCGCUGUGACCCUUUCACUGUCAGUGCCGUGCCUGCCCGCCUACAUGUGUUGCUGUUGCUGAUGAUGUAUAGAGAUGGAAGUAGAGGAGGAGGAGAGUGCUGUGCCUGUGCUGGUGUUUAGGACUCCAUGCGGCUAGCUCUCUGCUGCUGCCGUGUACUAUACGUUUGUAUGGGUGUUCUGGUCUUCGGUUUUGGGGGAUUUUGUGAAUUUCUCUCUCUAUGUGGUAGUAGUUGGUGGUGGUGUUAGGCUUUAAGGUUCUCCUAAUGCUGAUGAAAACAUAUGGCUAUAGAAGAACUAGACAUAUGAAUGAAUGGGAUGGACCCUUGAGUCCACGACUUACUCA